AUGCGAUUCUUUCAAGGUUACCACUUACCAGUGAAGCCCUUGGGCCGGUUCAAGCUUGUAUCCAAGUCCUGGCAGUCCCUAAUCUCCGAUCCUGAUUUUGUCGCAAACUAUUCCAAAGCCGCCAUUGAGAAUAUGGAUGUCUUGUUCAGAAGACGGCGCCUCCUCUUUACUUUAAUGGACCCGGCACCAAGCAAAGGGAUGUACUCAUUGGAUCUUGACCAGUUUCUCAAUGAGAAUCCUAAUGCUGGUGUUGAUGGUCUAGUAGCAACACCCUCCGAGAUCGACUUUGUUUACAAUCAUCUUCCAGAUGGUAGACUUGAAUGGUUUCCCUUUGGCCUAUAUUCGUGCCCUGGAUUUUUCUUGUCACAUUUAUGGUCUGGCGACUUCAGCGUCAAUUUGAUCGACCCUCUAACCAAGGAAUCAAAGACAAUACCAGAGCCACCAAAAUGGAGACUUGGAUUUGGAUUUGAUCGAGUUGGACAUACUCAUGGGAUCCUGGUGAAUGGUGCUGUUCAUUGGUUGGCGGAGAAGGUUGCUGAUGGAUCAUUUGUGAUUAUAUCCUUCACUUUAGCAGAGGAGGAGGUUAGAGAACUUACACUACAGCCCAAUACUCUGCCCAACACUUUAGCAGAGUAUACUCUUCCGAUUGAAGUAGGGAAAUUCAGAGAUUGGCUAUGUAUAACAUCAAAACCAGGCCUAGCAUAUCUUCUGUAA